AUGUGUCUGCUGAAGGACUGGGACCUGCUGUUGUGUUGUGUGGGUCUGCAGCAGCUUCUAGAAGAACAUAAGAAGAGUCUGAGGAGGAGAUGUGAACGUGUGACUGAAGGAAGUGAUGAAGCAGGAGGAGGAAGCCUCCUCAACAGUAUCUACACUGAGCUCCACAUCACAGAGGGACUCGGUGAGGAGCUUCAGAGGGAACCUGAGCUGAAGCUUCUGGAGACAGCUUCCAGGAAGGAGAGCCUCCGUCACUCUGCCACCAGGGAGGAGAGCCUCCGUCACUCUGCCAUUAGAGUUCAGGACAUCUUCAAAGCCUCGGCCCAUCAGCUCAGACACAUCCGAGUGGUUCUGACCAGCGGCGUGGCCGGCAGUGGAAAAACCUUCUCGGUGCACAAGUUCACUCUGGACUGGGCCGAGGGCCUGGAGAACCAGGAUGUGGGGGUGCUGGUGGUGCUCUCCUUCAGGGAGCUGAACCUGCUGGGAGAGCGGCCGUACAGCCUCCUCUCGCUGCUGGCUGUUUUCCAUCCCACGCUCCAGAAGCUGACGGCAGAGGAGCUGGAUGUCUGCAGGCUGCUCUUCAUCUUGGACGGCCUGGAUGAAAGCAGACUUUCUCUGGACUUCAGCAGCAGCCAGCAGCUGCUUGACGUCUCCCAGCAGUCUUCAGUCGGCGUGCUGCUCACUAACCUCAUCCGGGGGGAUCUGCUGCCCUCGGCUCGGGUCUGGAUCACUUCCCGACCGGCGGCGGCCCAUCAGAUCCCUCCAACAUGUGUGGACAGACUGACUGAAGUGCAAGGCUUCACUGACGCCCAGAAGGAGGAGUACUUCAGGAGGAGGCUGAGUGAUGAGGAGCUGAGCAGCAGGAUCAUCUCCCACAUCCAGACCUCCAGGAGCCUCCACAUCAUGUGUGGAAUCCCAGUCUUCUGCUGGAUCACUGCUAUAGUUCUGGAGCACAUGUUGAGCACCGAGCAGAGAGGAGAGCUGCCCCAGACCCUGACUGACAUGUACUCCCACUUUGUGCUGGUUCAGACACACAAGAAAAAGCUCAAGUACCAUGAAGGACCUGAGACGGGUCCACAGGAGCUGACGGAGACUGACAGGGAGCUUCUUCUGAAGCUGGGCAGGAUGGCCUUGAAACAUCUGGACAGAGGAAACAUCCUGUUCUACCAAGAAGACCUGGAGCAGUGUGGUCUGGAUGUGACUGAGGCCUCACUGUACUCUGGAAUCUGUACUCAGAUCUUCAGAAGAGAGUCUGUGAUCUUCCAGAAAGCCGUCUACAGCUUCAUCCAUCUGAGUGUUCAGGAGUUUCUGGCUGCAGUCUCCAUGUUCCACUGUUUCACCAGCAGGAAGACAGACGGACUGAAGGCCUUCUUUAGAGAAGGUCAUUCUUUCACAUCUCUUGAUGAUUUCCUGAAGGUCAUCCUGCAGAAAUCCCUCAGGAGUCAGAACGGCCACCUGGACCUGUUUGUCCGCUUCCUUCAUGGCUUCUGUCUGGAAUCCAACCAGAGACUCUUAGAAGGUCUGCUGGGUCGGACAGAGAUCAGUCCAGAAACCAUCCAGAGAGUCAUCCAGAACCUGAAGAAGAUCAGCAGUGAGAAAGUGUCUCCUGACAGAAGCAUCAACAUCUUCCACUGUCUGAUGGAGAUGAAGGACCUCUCAGUACAUCAGGAGAUCCAAGAGUUCCUGAACUCAAAGAACAGAUCAGAGAAGAGACUUUCUGAGAUCCACUGCUCAGCUCUGGCCUACAUGCUGCAGAUGUCAGACCAGGUCCUGGAGGAGUUUAACCUGAGGAACUACAACACAUCAGUGGGGGGACGACGGAGACUGAUCCCAGCUGUGAAGAACUGCAGGAAGGCUGAGCUUUCUGACUGUGGACUCUCUGAUCCUCACUAUGAAGUGAUCUCCUCAGCUCUGACCUCUGACCCCUCCCAUCUGAAACUUCUGGACCUGAGUAACAACAUCCUGAAGGAUUCAUCAAUGAAGAUUCUGUGUUCUGGACUGGAGAGUCCAAACUGUAAACUGGAGACUCUGAGGUUGAGGGGCUGCAGUUUGUCAGAGAUCAGCUGCUCUUCUCUGGCCUCAGCUCUGAAGUCCAACCCCUCCCACCUGAAGGAGCUCGACCUGGAUUACAACCAGCUGCAGGCUCCAGAUGUGCAGCAGCUGGUUGAUCUUCAGCAGAGUCCAGACUGCAGCCUGCAGACUCUGAGGUUGGAGUUCUGCAGUUUGUCAGAGAUCAGCUGUUCUUCUGUGGCCUCAGCUCUGAAGUCCAACCCCUCCCUCCAGAAACAUCUGGAACAUCUGGACCUGAGCUGGAACCCUCUUCAGGAUCCAGGAGUUGAGCAGCUGUGUGGUUUUCUGCAGAGUCCACUCUGCCGUCUGAAGACUCUGAGGUUGUAUAGCUGCAGGUUGUCAAAGAUCAGCUGUUCUUCUCUGGCCUCAGCUCUGAAGUCCAACCCCUUCCACCUGAAGGAGCUCGACCUGCGUUACAACCGGCUGAAGGAUCCAGAUGUGCAGCAGCUGGUUGAUCUUCAGCAGAGUCCAGACUGCAGCCUGCAGACUCUGAGGUGGAAGGAACGCUUCGAGUACGACUCUGAGGACGACUAUAAGGAUGACUCUGAGGACGACUGAGAGCAGAGCUUCAUCCAGAGGACCUAGCAGAAGCUCUGAGUGUCAGUGGUACAGUGUGAAGAGCUGUGAGAGUCCAGCAUCGAACCAGGGUUCCUCAGGAUGUGACAAAGAUUAAUCGCUGUGUGUCCUCCUCCUCCUCCUCCUCCUCCCUGUUUGAGACAUUCCUCUUUCUAGUCAAUCUCAUCACCUUGUGGGCUCUAAAGAACUGAUGUUGGCUGAAAAUGUAAAAUCAGUUUGUAAACUGAAGUCUGUCAGGAAAUUCCUUGUUAUCAGUCUUUUCAUGUGAUCUGUAAUCCAUUUCUCUCUGAGCUCAGUCAAUACUGAACAGUUUUCAGUUGCUUAAAUGAAAGUGAGCAGAAAGAAGAAUGAACUAAUCUUCUCUGCUCCUUCAUCUCAUGUCAUCAUAUUCUGUCAAUAUUGAAAACCAGCAGCAAACAACAGAAACCCCAGAGGAGAACCAGCAGACAACUCCCAGACAGCAGCAGAGUGAGCGGCCUGCAGCCUCUCUGGCUCUUCACACUGCUGCUUCAUAUCAGAUCCUCUUUGUGCUUCUUUGUGUUUUGAUGGUGACUCGGAUCUAAAACAUAGUGAAUGUGGUGUGUGAGUUACAUUCUUCUAAUUCUAGAUCUAGAUUGUUCCAUAACUGGACUCCUUGUACUGAACUGCAACGUUCCCUCACUGUGGUUCAACAUUUAGGUUUGGUGAAGAGCCUGUUCCUUCAAGUUGUAGUUACUUUCUCUUUUUUUAAAUCUGCUCUGAAUAUC